AUGGAAGCUAGUGAACAAACGCAGGAUAACCCAGUGAUUGAUAUUGAUCAAAGUAUAAAGGAGCUAUUCCAGUUGCCAAAAUCGCAGCUGUAUAACAAAGAUGGCUUGAUUACAAAUCCGAAUGCAGUGAAAAGUUUAUUAGAGUACUUACAAUUACCCAACGAGGGAGAUGAGCGGGAAAACAUCAUCGCUAAUAAGAUCAAGAUCAUCAAGGAGCUGAUUGGCCUUGUAGGGAAAUGAGGCAACAACAGCCUGGUGCUCAAUGCUAUGGCGAAGACUUACUCCAAAAAUCCCAAGACAGAUUCUGUGUUCCUGACAAUUAAAGCUCUGUUUAAAAAUUGUCACCCUGAUAAAGAUAAUAACGAAGAACAGAGCAUUUGAGAUAACCUCCUGAUUCUUCUAAGAAGGCUGGUAAAUGGCCAUAGGUUCAAGAAGAAGCAUCUUGAGUGGAUUUAUUCCAAAAUCAAGCUGAAGGAGCCUGAAGAGGAGCAAAAAGCCAAGCCUGGAGAGAUAGAUUCCUCAAAAUCAUCUCCAAGUUCUACAUACUCUUCUGAGAAGAUAUCAGUUGCUAUUGAGGUUAUUAGUACUCUGUUGGCCAAUGAUAUGAUGUUUAACGGUCCCCAAAAUUUCAUAUAUUUCAAUGGCUACAACAUCCAAAGUGCGGAGAAAGAUAUCCCAUCCGGGAUUACGACUUUCAAGAAGGGAAUCUCUGGCAAGAGCCCAUUCAAAUCGAGCUUCACAGUUAGCCUAUGGUUCAGGAUGGAGGAGCUAGAAUUCUCUGAGUCAAACUACGUCCAGCAUCUGUUCACAUUUUUCAAGAACGAAAUGGCUGGAUUUGAGUGCUUCUUGAUCAAAAAUCAGAUGUAUUACAGGGUUAUCAAGAACCAUUAUACUCCACCAGAAAAGGAUGACAAAGCUGUAUUUUUGGGUGAAUUUGACCCUGAGGAAUGGUACUACCUCGCUAUAGUUCAUGAAAAGAAAUUUCUAGGAGGCUCGACCAUAAAAGCAGUCGUUAAUGGCAAACAAGUUAUGAGUGCCCAUCUAGAUUUUCCAAAAAUGGAUCGUGCCACAGUCCUAGAUAAGGCCACGAUUGCGAAUAAAUUCUGUGGGCAAAUUAGUACGUUUAUUCUAUUCAGAGAGUCUAUUAGCUCUGAUAAGCUUAAGAAGAUCUAUACAUUUUACCCUUUUGGAUUGUAUAAAAAGGAGCAUGCUAAUAUGCUCAACGAGUCUGCCAUCUUUGACGAUAAGCUUAUCAAAAGAAUUGAGUUCCUUUACACUCCUGUCAGGUCGACUCCUAACGUAGGAGUCUGGGAUCUAGUUAACCAGUACUUUGGAUCCUUAGAAACCAAUUGUGGAGUUUGGGUAGAAGAAGAUUUCAAAGACCAAUUCUCAUUUUGAGGAGGUCUUGAAGGAAUCCUUCCGAUCCUGAAUUUGAUAAGAAACCGGAUAACUUGUAAUAAUGAAGGUAAAAUAUUACUUCAAAGAUACCUUGAGCUUGUAUGCCAAGCUAUAAACUCUGUUGCAGAUCAUCAUGAGUCCAAAAUAAGGUUCAUAAAAGCAUUUUUCCUGUUACUAGAAAAUAUGCCAAGAGAUUUCUUCCAAAUAAAGACUAUCCAGCUACUUGCAGAGAUUAGGUUUUCGCUUCCGUCAGAGUGACGGCACCAGUACUUUCUGAGUCUUCUUCAUUCGGCUGAUAUAUGGAUUAAUUGCUCGACUUCUAUCCAGAAGGAAUUCUGGGCAUUUGUGAAUGACAUUUAUCUGCAAGAUCCUGAAUACUAUCACGACAUAUUCAGUAUCCCUGAACUAGUAGAUUUUUCCUUAAAACUCUCUGAAAUCAAGGAAGGAAUGAUUUUAACAACCCAGAGGCUUUCACCAAAAUUUAAGAGACCUGACUCUAAGGAGGAAGGAGCAAUGAAGGAUCUUUCCCUCAUUCUUAGCGUCGUUGAAAAGUUAUUUGUAAAAGGUGGUAGCUCUAUUUCAGAGAACAUAAAGUAUCUUACACCAGCCCUUACUUCAAAGGCGUCAGCAACAUUCAAAUAUGAGAUCCUGAAGCUGUUGAAGGUCUUACUGGUUGACACAGAGGAAGACGCAGUAUGUCCUUCUCCAAUAAUCUUUGCUGAACACUUCAUUGAGAACUGUGGGAUGCACAUUCUGCUUUAUUUAUGCAUUAAUUCGCCACUUGAUGUGAUAAGCAUGUGCUUGAAGCUUAUAGAUGUCCUGGGUUCUCUCAAGAAGUCAAAGAAGCUUAACAUUGAUACGGAUAUAAUUCCGUUCUUGAGUAAUAUAAUCUUAGCAAAAGUAAAAGACAGGCCUUCGGCUACCUCUCCGUCAGGUAAGAGCCCACAGCUUCUGCCUAGUAUUGAAGAAGAACUUGAAGCAAACAUGACUGGAGAAAAGAUACAUUCCCUUAAGAGAAGAAGGACUAAUAGCAACGAUGAUAUCGUAUUCGAAGGAAGCCAAACUGUUGAGAAACCUAUUUUCAACAGGAUGUCCACCCAGAACUUCUCCAGAACAAACUUUGGCCUCGAACUUGACGUUGAAGAGGCCAAUAAAGGCUUUGACAGUAAGAAUAAGCAAAAAAUCGAGGAUCCCUUUGAUGACGCUCAGAAAAGAGAAUCCAUUGCUGCGAAAUUCAGACAAGAAAUGAUGAUCGAUGACAACAUCCUCAACCAAGCUAAAGAAGUCCCACCUGGACCAAAGAGCAAAUCUGUUCCUCGGAAUGCAGGUUUCUUUGGAAUGAGCAAGACAGAAGAAGAAAUAAAGAAACCUCAAAACCAGAAAAACAAGACCAGAUCUUUCUUCGAUCCCUUUAGAGAAGAGUCAAAGGAGGACAACGAGGAAUUAGAUGCAGAUUCUCCAGCCAUUAUGUUCGAGAGCGGAGCUCCCCCUUCUAAAGACAACAUGAAAGGAGUCAUUAAGAAGAGAUUUGCCUUCCUCAAUACCGAAGAAGAAGAUGACAACGAGAAGAAGGAAGCGCCAGAGGAAAGCAAGAUGGUACUCAACCCUGCUGCGACUGGUGCUACAGAGCUUCAGUCUGAUAGUUCAUCCGAGAGAUCUGAGAUGCUUAGUUUCAAUAAAGGAAAGAACCAGUUUAAGAAACCUAUGAUAAACACUGAAGCAAUCAAUGAGAUGUUCAACUAUGGUGGAGAGAAAGGAGACUUACUCAUUAGAAUCCAAGAUGAAGAAGAAAAGAAUGAAGAAUUCCUUAGAGAACUUGAUGCUCUUGCCUCAAUCUGUGUCGCAGCUAUGAAUAGAGAUUUCCCAGAUGAUGAAAUUGAUGAAAAACAUAUUGGUUCAUCUCAGGAAAGUGACCAACCUCUAAAUUUCUCUUCAUAUAAAACUACAAAUUUCAAUGCUCCAAGAACAAUGAGAGGUUUGAAACAAUUAGAGUUCUCAAAGGCAAAGGAGGAUGAUACUAAGCCACUAAAAUCCUAUCUCAACAAUGACUCUAAUGUGAUCCAAGAAGAACCAUCUUCUCUACCAACAUCAAAAUCAAGCUCUUCAAGACCUGAGUUUAAUACACCUACAUCAUUACUAGCUCCAGAUCUUCAGAAAGGACUAAAGGAGAAAGCAUCUGCUGAAGAGUUUAACCAAGGGAUAGAAGCUCUUUAUGUCUCAAUCCUAGAAUGGAUGCUUAACAGGUCCCCUUCUAAUCUCAAUGAGCCCUUAAUGAUUGACGAUUCUGAUGAAAUUAAUAACUCCAAUGUUUUAAUAAUCUGCUUUAACUUGCUAAAACACUCGAGUGACCUUCUCAAACAGAAAGCUUUGCAAGAUUUUCAGAUGUUAGCAAAGCUGAAUAAAAUAAACUGUAGUCAUAUAAUUGAGAACAAGUUUUACCAUUCUUGGAUCCUCGAAUUGCUACUCCCAUACCAGCAAAGUGCUUCGCAAGAGAAGCUCUCAGGACCUUCCCUUGCAGUUUACGAUAUUGGCACAAAGUUUUAUACAAUAGUGCUUCUGCAUUCACUAAUUAAUGAGCCAAAGAACAGAUUCAUUCCAUAUUUAGCAAGAUGGCCACUGAUCCUUCGCUACAAGACAGAUUCAGGCAAGCAUGUCAAAGAUAGCAGUGAGGGGGCUUAUCAGCUCACCAAGCACUUAAUGUCAUCUGUGAUAAAACUUGUGGCUAAUGAAGCCUCGAAGUGAAGGCCCUCAAUCGACUUGCCCAUUUGGGCCAAUGUAGCUAAAAUUGUAUUCACAAUUGAAGAGCUCGUUCUUGAUAGGAAGCCCACUAAUAUACUCUUCAAAGAAGGCAUCAAGUCUAUUUAUGAGGAUUACUUACACAUCUUGAAUACAAAUAUGAUCAAAGAUAGUGAGAACCGGAAGGAAUCAGCCAAUGCUAUUUCAAAGACAGACACAUGUAUCAUCGAUGAUAUUUUCAAGGUCCUCAACUAUUUAUGGCCAUCAAGUCUGUUCGAGACAAGAGAGAUCUGCGAAACCAAGGAAAGUAAAAUUUUAGACAUCCUCUCACAUAUCUCUGAUGAUGACUUUGCUAAAGAUGCCGAACUUCUGAUGUAUAGCGACCAAAAGGAUAAGAAGGGACCUAACAAUGAGGCUAGUAAUACUUUUCUCAGAUCCAUUGUGAACCUAGCUUGUUUAAAGAUCAGUAGUAUAGAGAGCACAAAAGUUUUGAAUGUAUGGUUGAACAUUUUGCUACGUUUAGCAAAAUACUUACUACUCACUAGCGAAACUUGGACGACCAAAGACUCAUCAUUCUAUAAAACUACACAGAACGCAAUUGCUGAAUCUUUGGCAUUCAUAAUAAUUUUCCUCUACAGAGAAUGAAUUUGUUGCUCAAGGAAAGAGAAUACAAAGGCUCUCAGUUCAUGCUUAGAAGAUAUAAUGGCCCAUUUCCUUGUUACUGUGAAUUACAGUGAUAUAAAAUACACGCCUCAGCAGCUGAAACAGACAAAGCACAAAACAGCAAGCAAGCAACUGAUGAACUCAAUCUUCAUCAUCACUGAAGAUGAGCCAAUUAUUUCAAAUGAAAUUCUAGAUUUGCUAAAACUUUCAGAUUACAAGAACAUAUCAAAGGAGCUCUUUUCAAACGACCGUUGGCGAUCAGUCGUCAACGACUCUCAAAGACUCGAAGAGAUUAUCGAAAGCCACAUAAGUUUUGAUUUGCUCGAAAUCAUGGAGAAAAAGAAGGUAAUUUAUGCUCAAAAUACUCAACAAAUGGAGAUCUCGGCUGACCGUGCUCGAGACGAUAAAGCUAACAAGAUCCAUACUGACAUUAUGGAGGUAGCUAUGAAGAUUAGCGAGCAAUCUUUUGAAGUCAAGAACAAAUCCCUAAUCAAGAACGAACAACUCAAGAGAGAUUAUAGACACGAAUGGACAAACAUUUCAGAAGAGCUUUUACUCUGGAAAGGACUUUGGAGAGAAAAAGAGAUCUUUGACCAUUCUAAAACUCCUGUUCCCACUACAGCCUCUAACACAAUAGUUUCAGGAAUUUCUAAAUGCGUCCUAGAGUCCAGAACUCAGCAAGAUUAUAUGUAUUUCAGCAGAGAGAUCAGUGAUAAGCAUAUUUCUGGAGAAAGAGUGAACUUGAAAGACAACGAUUCCUUCUCGUAUACCAUUCCUACAGGAUCAACCUCAAAUGUUCAGACGAACCGAAGUGGAGGUGACAAAAAUUUACCAGAGAUUAAGAUUUUUACAAAAGAGCUUUCUGAGAGAGAAAUUGACAUUCUCAGUAUGAAUUAUGUAGACAACCUUCUUGACAUUCAUACAACUUCUAAAGUAGUCAAGCAAUUUGACUGAAAUGUGGUGAAACCACUCUACAUCCGUAGUGGGAAGACUGUGAUAACCCAGACUGAGCUAUACUUCUUUGACGAGCUGAAAUCUAUUUCUUCAAAUUCAACAGGCCCAGAAGGGCCUCAUGCCUGGAAGAAAAAUAUUGAGUUUAUUCACUACAAGAAGCCAAGGGAUAGCUUGCUUUUUGAGAAAUGGAAUAUUACUGAGAUAAACUCAGUGUUCUACAGAAGCUUCCUAUCCAAAAACUCUUCUGCAGAAGUUUUCUUCAAUAACAACACUUCCUUGUUCCUGUUCUUCUCAAAUACUGAAGAGAGGGAUUCAUUCUGUAAACAGUUGUAUAAAAAUAGAGAUAAGAAAGAAGCAUCCAAAGGUUUCUUGGUCACCAAUGGAAAGAAGGCCUUUAAGGAACGCAAAUUUACCGAAAGAUGGAUGAACUGGGAAAUCUCCACUUACGAGUACCUAAUGAAUGUCAAUAUUUAUGCUAAUAGAGGAUACAAUGACAUCUCACAUUACCCAGUUUUUCCCUGGCUUCAUGUUAAUUCUGAUAAAGCAUUUACCAUAAAUGACUGCAUGAGGGAUCUGACCAAAAAUAUGGGCCUGCUUGGGUCAAAAGAUAGGAUCGAAGAACUUAUCAGAAAGUAUGAAGAAGGAGACUGAUUUGAGAAUGAUUCCUACCACUAUGGCUCACAUUACUCCCAUCCAGGAAUUGUACUCCAUUAUUUGAUCAGACUUCAUCCAUACACUGAGGGAUGCUUAGCCCUCCAAGAUGGGCAAUUCGAUGUGGCAGAUAGGCUGUUCUUCUCUGUCCCUCAUGCAAUUGAGAGUGCACUCAAUGACAUCUCCGACGUAAGAGAAGUCAUCCCUGAAUUUUUCUCCUGUCCUGAGAUAUUCAUUCUCUCAAAUGGAAUCGAACUUGGCAAGAUGCAAAAUGGAACGAAAGUCAACAACGUAAUUCUCCCAGAUUGGGCCAACAAUGACCCCUAUUUUUAUGUCUGAGAGCUCAAAAGAACACUUGAGAGUGAAAAAGUCAGCUUCACUAUCAAUAAUUGGAUAGACUACAUCUAUGGACUAAAGCAAAGAGGUAUUGAAGCUGUAAAUUCCCUCAAUGUGUAUCCUCAUUAUACAUAUGACAACACCUCAACUGAGAAAGACCAAGAAGAGAAUGCUAAGGAACAAGGAACGGAAGUAUCUAUCUCUCAAGCAUAUAAUUUCGGGCAGACUCCUUCACAGAUUUUCAAAGAUGCUCACAAAAUGAGGAAUUCUCGUCUGAAAGCUUUAAGAUACUACCUAAUCGCUGAUAAGGAAUCUAGCAUAAGGCCUUACAGACCUGUAGACAACCAGAGAAAUGUUGUAAUUUUCUAUUCAAAGUUCAUUGACUCCAAAAAGAUCUUGACCCUCACUCGUGAGAGGACUAUAAAGAGCUUUAACCUGAAGUCAAAGACGACUACAAAUAACUUGAAAUCACCAUUUACUAUUGAGGCGAGUUAUGAAAAGAUCCUACCUCAGGCUUAUACUUCUUACCUAGAAUCUACAAAUUUGAAAGACAAUACCUUCCAGAUUUUGGACGAAGUGGAGCUCCUCCUUGGCAAAGGCACCCAUAUAGUCAGAGGAGGGAUUUACAAACGAUAUGUGACUGGUGAAAGAUCAACUGACCUUUGAAACGGUAUAAUCUUGAUCUGCAAUAUUGAAACCGGCAAGAUGAGCUUCAUUGAAGGCCAUAGCAGUACAGUCACAUGCAUUUCAGUUGAUGACAGAGACAAGCUGUGUGUCUCAGGCUCAAAGAAAGGAGACGUCAUUUUCUGGGAAAUCGGAAUUGAUAAGCACAACUGGACCAAAAGAUAUCACUUUUUCCACCAUGAAGACUUAGUUACUUCAAUUAACAUUACUGAUUCCAUCAUACUGACCUCGUCACUGGAUUCAAGCAUUAACAUGUAUAAUCAGGAUGGGAAAUUAUUAAGAACGUUCUAUCACCCACAAGGAAACCCUAUUCUGACUGUUGUAUUCUCCAGUGCUCCAUUGCCAUGAGUAGUGUUCUACUCUUACAGAGACAAGACCUUUUAUUCAUUCAGUAUUAAUGGGAAGUUACUCGGAUCCUGAAGUGAAGCUAUUGAAGAUCCCCUUAGAGGGAUACCAGACGAUAACUAUCAGUAUACUAUGGUUAGAACUCCCAAGAUAGUGGCUGAUUCUUACUUCAAUGACCAUUUGAUCUAUGGGACUGAUAGAGGAACUAUUCUAAUCCGCUCUUUGCCGUAUUUAGAUAACCCCAAGCACCUUCUUGUAGCUUCUGGACACUCAACCUUGACUCUUUUAGUCAGCCCAGAUAGGAGAUUCUUGCUUGCAGGAACAUCAGUUGGAGGCUUAAGGGUCUUAACAGACCCUAGAGCUCUAGAAGAAGUUCAUACGUCUAAUCUCACAACAGAGUCAGAUGCUGGUCUCUUAAUGGCACAAUCUAGAAGUAUGUAACCAUUUAUUUUCAACAUUGAAAUCUUG